AUGGUUGCUGAACCAGUACAAGCCACGGUACAGGCAUUGAAACAUUAUUAUUAUCAAGCAAGUAAUUAUCUAGAGGAUCAACAUGAUAAAAUCAUUCAUUCAUCUUAUUAUGAGAAAUUACUUGAAUUGACUCAUUUUGAUAAAGAUAUCCAAUCAGAAAGUUUGGAGGCACUUGGAACAAAUAACGCAACUUCUAUUUGGAAUAAUCUAUUUUCUAAAUUAUCAAACCCUAAAUCGAAAUAUUUUUAUGGAUCAAUAUUAACGGUUGGAUUAGGUGUUAGUAUGAUAUAUUUAUUAACUCAAUCAAAUUCAAUAACCUCAGCAAAACAAAAGAAUGGCAAUGGGAGUGGUAAACGAAGAGUACCUAAACUUCCCAAUGGAGCAAGAAGAGAUGUGAUUUUAAUAGUAGGAUCACCUACAGAACCAUUAACAAGAUUUAUUGCUAUUGAUUUUGAAAAACGAGGAUUUAUUGUUUAUUUAACAUUAUUAGAUAAUAAUGAUAUUAAAUAUAUUGAAUCAAAUCCAAUUAGUGAUGGGAUAAAUUAUUUAAAUUUUAGUUUUAAUUGUAAUGAGUCCAAGAAAAACAAUAACAUGGAUGAUCAUAUUCUGACAUUUAAUCAAAUAUUGAAAACUCCAAUUAUACCAUUCCCCAAUGCUCAACCUCAUUAUUUAAAUUUAAAAUCGGUUGUUUUUGCUCCAUCAUUACAUUUCCCAAUUGGUCCCGUGGAAAACAUUGCUAUUUCUUCAUGGAUAAAAUUAAAUGAUCGGAUAUUAACUUAUUUGAAAUUAUUUUCUAGUGGAUUAAUUCAAUUAAUUAGAUCACAAAAUUCAAAAUUGAUUUUAUUGACUCCAACAAUAUUAAGUGGAUUAUAUAUGCCUUAUUAUUGUCCAGAAACUUUAUUUCAACAAAAUUUAAAAUCAAUAUUCACAAUUUUAACUCGUGAAUUAAAUUAUCAAAAUAUAAAUGUAACACAAAUUCGUUUAGGUAAUUUAUAUUUACUGAAUCAAAAAUUAAAUUCAAAUGCAAGAAUUGAAAGUUUGGUGAAUUCAGAAAUUAGAGCUUGGACUUCAGAAAUGAAACAAUUAUAUAGUGAAAAUUUCACUAAAUUACAAUUUAAAGCUAAUCCAUUGAAAUCAUCUGGUGGUAAAGGAACUCAUUUAGUACAUUUAUAUCAUUUAUUAUUUGAUUUGAUUUAUAAUAAUGAUAAUGAUAAUGAUAAUAAUGCUAAUGCUAAUGCUAAUGGUAAAUUAAAUCCUGCAGUGGUUUAUUGUGGAAGAGGAGCAAGAAUUUAUGAUUGGAUUUCAAAAAUAUUACCUGAAUCUUGGAUUCAAUGGUUAUUAAAAUAG